CCUGCAGGUAAUUAAAUGCCCUUAGUGUGGAUCUUUGCUCUGCUGGCAUGCUUGGAUGCACAGCAGCUCUUCCCAUAGCUUCUUUUCGUCUGCCCCAUUGCAAGAAGAUGGCAAAAGCAAACAUUACCAGAGACAUCAUCCACAGACAGAUCAAGGAGAGGGGUGUGCUGGGCUUUGAACGCCACUAUCACGUCACCGACCCGUUCAUUCGACGCCUGGGCCUAGAAGCAGAACUGCAGGGUCACUCUGGGUGUGUCAACUGUCUAGAGUGGAAUGAAAAAGGAGACUUGUUGGCCUCUGGCUCUGAUGACCAGCAUACCAUUGUCUGGGAUCCUCUACACCACAAGAAACUUCUUUCUAUGCACACAGGACAUACUGCAAACAUCUUUUCUGUCAAGUUCUUACCGCAUUCAGGGGAUCGGAUCCUCAUCACGGGAGCUGCAGAUUCCAAGGUGCAUGUCCAUGACUUGACUGUCAAGGAGACCAUCCACAUGUUUGGAGAUCACACCAACAGAGUUAAGCGGAUUGCCACGGCUCCCAUGUGGCCUAACACCUUCUGGAGUGCGGCAGAAGACGGGCUAAUCAGACAGUACGAUCUGCGAGAGAACAGCAAACGGUCAGAGGUCCUGAUAGACCUGACAGAGUACUGCGGGCAGCUGGUGGAGGCCAAAUGCCUGACCGUCAACCCCCAAGAUAACAACUACUUAGCAGUAGGGGCAAGUGGCCCCUUCGUGCGGCUCUACGACAUACGCAUGAUCCACAACCACAGAAAAAGCAUGAAGCAGAGUCCUUCAGCUGGAGUACACACGUUCUGCGACCGACAGAAACCCCUCCCGGACGGUGCGGCACAGUACUACGUGGCAGGGCACCUUCCAGUGAAGCUUCCAGACUACAACAACCGGCUGAGAGUUCUGGUGGCCACAUAUGUCACCUUCAGUCCCGAUGGCACUGAGCUCUUAGUCAACAUGGGAGGGGAGCAGGUCUAUUUGUUUGAUCUAACAUACAAACAGCGACCGUACACUUUUCUCCUCCCCAAGAAGUGCCAUACUUCAGGGGAAGUGCAGAAUGGAAAAACCUCUACCAAUGGAGUGUCAAAUGGCAUCCACCUCCACAGCAAUGGCUUCCGCUUGUCUGAAGGAAGAGCACAUGUGAGUCCCCAGGUGGAGUUACCUCCAUAUCUGGAGAGAAUCAAGCAGCAAGCCAACGAGGCCUUUGCUUGCCAGCUGUGGACUCAAGCCAUCCAGCUAUACAGCAAAGCAGUCCAGAAAGCCCCCAACAACGCCAUGCUGUAUGGAAACAGAGCUGCUGCCUACAUGAAGCGCAAGUGGGAUGGGGACCAUUAUGAUGCUUUAAGAGACUGCUUGAAGGCCAUAUCCUUGAACCCGUGCCACCUGAAGGCCCAUUUCCGUCUUGCCCGUUGUCUCUUUGAACUCAAGUAUGUGGCAGAAGCACUGGAAUGUCUGGAUGACUUUAAAGGGAAGUUCCCAGAACAAGCACAUAGCAGUGCCUGCGAUGCACUAGACAGAGACAUCAAUGCUGCCCUCUUCUCCAAGAGCGAUAACGCUGAAGACAAGAAAGCGGGUGGCCCCAUCCGGCUGCGAGCCACAGGCCGCAAGGAUUCCAUCUCGGAGGAUGAGAUGGUGCUGAGGGAACGCAGCUACGACUACAAAUUCCGAUAUUGUGGCCACUGUAACACUACUACAGACAUCAAAGAGGCCAAUUUCUUUGGCAGCAAUGCACAGUACAUAGUCAGUGGGUCAGAUGACGGCUCCUUCUUCAUCUGGGAGAAAGAAACCACCAACCUUGUUAGAGUGCUGCAGGGAGACGAGUCGAUUGUGAAUUGUCUCCAGCCUCAUCCCAGUUACUGCUUCUUGGCCACCAGCGGCAUUGACCCCGUUGUACGACUGUGGAACCCUAGGCCAGAGAGUGAAACCCUUAAUGGCCGUGUGGUAGUAGACAUGGAAGGUGCUUCCCAAGCUAACCAGAGACGAAUGAACGCAGACCCGCUGGAGGUGAUGUUGCUGAACAUGGGGUACCGGAUUACAGGACUGACCAGUGGUGGGGCUGGAGGUUCAGAUGAUGAAGACAGCUCAGAGGGGCAAGUCCAGUGCCGGCCCAGCUAAAACAGAACUGCCUCUCCUUCCUCUAAUUAUUUGGCUGAAAGGGAACCUAGUUUCCUUGGUCCUGAACUUUCUCUGAUGAAUGACUGCACUGUUUCGCACUAUGCACAGAGUAGGACAAGCUGUCAGGGGCAGGAGCGGCCGUCUCUUUAAACCAUCACCACCACUUCCUCCUUCUCCCGUCAGGCUCCUGAGCAGCGUGGCAGUGCAGUCUGGGGUUUGCCUUUAGUGGAAUUUAGUCCCAGCAGGGGUCUUUGAGUUGUCUGUAAGCAGUGUAAACUGGUGAUUUUUUUUUCCAGAGCUGCUGUAUGAUCUGGUACAGGGGGAUGUUGCCUGCAUUCGUGCAUUUGCAGAGAGGAUGUUAAAAUUCCUGAAUAAAAUACAAACCUAGGGCAGGGGUUAUGGAGUGAA